AGUUCCCUGAAAAGAAGAGGCAGCAGAGAAAUCCACAAAGAAAAAAAGACAUUUACCCAGAAUUGCAAAACGGAGCUUCUUGGAAAAUACCAGGCACCAGGCAAAACACAAAGAAAAGUGGUUCUCCAGUGCAAGGAGGACAGCGCUGAUUUGAAGUGCCAGCUCCAGUUUGCCAAAGAGGAGGCAGCGCUGAUGCGGAAGAAGAUGGCCAAACUGGGGAGGGAGAAGGACGAACUGGAGCAGGAGCUCCAGAAGUACAAGUCCAUCUAUGGAGAUGUGGACAGCCCCCUGCCUACUGGUGAGGCAGGAGGGCCGCCCAGCACCAGGGAGGCUGAGCUGAAGCUUCGUUUGAAGCUGGUGGAGGAGGAAGCCAACAUACUGGGCAGGAAAAUAGUGGAACUGGAGGUGGAGAACAGGGGGAUUAAAGCUGAGAUGGAGGAUAUGAGGUGCCAGUACGAAAAAGAGUGUCUCAGCAGGGACCACAUUUCAAGCAUUCCUACCUCACCCUACGGUGACUCUGUGGAGUCGGCCACGGAGCUGCGCCGGCACCUGCAGUUUGUGGAAGAGGAAGCAGAACUGCUGAGGCGGUCAAUCUCCGAAAUCGAGGAUCACAACAAGCAGCUAACGAACGAGCUGAACAAAUUCAAGUUUGAACCAGGCCAGGAGCCAGGCUGGUUGGAUGACGCGACAUCCAAGUGUGGUGGCCCCUUGCAAGAGGAGCUGAAGUCAGCCAGGUCGCAAAUUAAUGAGCUGAGUGGGAAGGUGAUGAAGCUCCAGUAUGAGAACAGGGUCCUGAUGUCCAAUGUCCAGCGUUACGAUCUUGCCUCUCACCUGGGCCUGCGCACUUCCAGCCCCAGGGACAGCGAUGCUGACAGCGAUGCCGGGAAGAAGGAGAGUGACAGCGAAGAGAGUCGCCCACCCCAGCCAAAGAGAGAGGGGCCCAUUGGGGGUGAGAGUGACUCUGAAGAAGUUUAUGAGAAGACGUCAGGUUUUGGGAGUGGGAAGCCAUCGGAAGUCAGUGACCUGUGCUCCACCGAGCUCAUGAGAGUGAAAGAGGACACCGAGUCCUUAAUCAACAUCAAACGUGAGGCUGAGAGGCUUGAAAGGACAGUGGAUCGCCUUAUCACCGAUACGGACAGCUUGAUUUAUGAUGCAAAGGUGCACAUAACCAGCAGCUCAUCCACUGAGCAGGAUUUCAAGAGUGGUGAGGAAAGGGGAGAAGAUAAGCAAGAACCAGAGCUUCUGGACACCAUUAACUCCAGGAUGAAAGCUUUCCGGAAAGAGCUGCAGACCUUCCUGGAGAAAGUUGAUCACAUUGGGGAGGGCCUUAAGGAGCAGAUGGAAGACCUCUCACCUCUUCCCCAUCUCACAGAGUCUUCCAGUUUUCUAUCCACAAUGACGUCCAUGUCUCGAGACUCUCCCAUUGGUAACCUGGGGAAGGAUUUAAUCACCGAUUUCCAGUCCAAACUGAGGGAUCAGAUGGAGUGGCAGCUCAAACAAGAUCGUGGAGAGGAGCGAGAGAUUCACCACCAGCGAGCCACCACCGACCCACACCGCAGAGCUGAUGGAGACAUUAAACUCUACAGGCCAGGAGACAAGGGCUGUUUCAGUCUAGAGAAUGUAUCGAUACAGGAGCUUCAGGCUCAGCUUGAGCAGGAGACGAGACUUCACCGAGAGGAACAAGAAAAGUUUACAGAAAGGAUCAUCCAGCUGGAGGAGGAGCACAUGCAGACCCUGCGAAGGAAAGACUUGGAAGUGCAGAGCUUGACUUUGCAGAACAAACUGGAGGAGAAGACCUGGAGCCAGGAGAAAAAUCUGCUGCAUCAAGAACUCAGGCAUUUCAAGCAGGACACCUUUCUCCUGUAUGUCAAACUGAAGUGGCUGCUGAAACAUUGGCGGCAAGGCAAGCGAAUGGAGGAGGAAAGGGAGGACACCUUGGAGAUGGAGCAACCUGAGGCCCUCACAGACUUUGGCAUUCAGUCACAGCAGAAGGCAGAUGAUGGAGAGCGAGAGGAGGAGGAAGAGGAUGUCGUGUUUGCACUGACAGAUUUCUCCCAGCGUCCCACCAUGGAGAGCACUGAACAUGGACCACAGCUGCAGACUGCAGAAUUACUGCAGCAGCAGAAGCAGGCAGGUGAAAACCGGAAGCUGCUGAAUGCUCUGAAGACUUUGCUGGAUGACUUCCGCUCAGAGCUGCGGGAUGAGGAGCGUGAGCGCCAGGGCCUCCAGCAGCAGUAUGCCCUGCACAAGGCAGCCUGGGAGGUGGAAAUGACUGAACUGAAGUGCCACAUCGAGCAGGAGCACAAGAAGCUUCUGGCUGAGAGUCAUGGUGUGGUGAUGGACCUCCGCUGGCAAAUCCAGCACAAUGAGAAGAACUGGAACCGGGAAAAGGUGGAGCUCCUGGACAGGCUAGAUAGAGACCGGCGAGAAUGGGAGCGUCAAAAGAAGGAGCUACUCAGGCGCAUAGAGCAGCUUCAGAAAGAAGUGAGCCCGCGAAGAGGAAGUGGUUUUCUGUGCGACCAGAAGGAGAGUAGCCUUCGUUCAUUUACGACCCAGGGGAACCAUCAUGUGCCUCGUCCAAUGGGGUCCCGAUCCUACUCUGACUCGGACGCCAUUCAGUUUGACGAUCGGUCACUGUCUAAGCUGAAGGAGAGUGAUCGGUGCAGCGCCACAGAAAACCUCUUUCUGGAGUCGCUGUCUCUUGAUUCCCCCGAUGAGUCUGAUGAGUACCGGUCUCGGCAGCUGGAGCGGGAGAAAUUCCUGAUGGGAUUAACAGAAGAGGAGGAAACACACAAAGGAAAUCUUCAAAGGGCGAUGUCCGUUUCUUCCAUGUCAGAAUUUCAACGCCUGAUGGAUAUUUCUCCAUUUCUGCCAGAAAAAAACUUGCCUUUGUCCAGCAGCAAAGAUGACAUAACCCCUCCGCUGUCUCCUGAUGAUCUGAAAUACAUUGAAGAGUUCAACAAAAAUUUGGAUUACAGUAACACUAGGAACCAUGGUGGGGCCACAGAGAAGCCUGCAGAAGGCUGGGCAGAAAGGACAGAAAUUGGUAAAGCAGGGAAUGAUCCUGCUUCAGAUCCCUUCCAGGCUUCAUCAUGGUACCUCACCACCAGUGUCACUAUGACAACCAACACCAUGACCAGCCCAGAGCACUGCCAGAAGCAGCCAACAAGGAGUCACGGUGUAACCGAAAAAAUGGGAGUUCGGGUCUUUCACAGCCCACCAGUUGUCCGUAGGUUUGAUAACUCAGUGAUAGCUGGCAGCGAAGGGAAAAACCAGGUUGAGCCAGACUUCCUGUUUUCUGUGACCAAAGCUAUGGGAAAUGUCACUGAGACAAAAGGUGCUCCCUCAGAUAUGUUUGGAAGAUGGUCUUGCGACCUGACCAAACAUCAUAAGGAUUUUCUGGAGGGUGGUCUUCAUCCCAUCGAACGUCCUAUUUGCACUACUGUGGGCUUUGCCUCACCCUUGCACAGCUUGGAGAUGUCCAAAAACAUGAGUGAUGAUAUGAAGGAGGUCGCUUUCUCUGUCCGAAAUGCAAUACGCUCUAACUCGAAUUCAGCAGAGCCUCAGUUUAAGGACACCGCCUGUCAAACCAAUGGUAUGAGAACAACAGGGACACAGACCACCCAAACCAUCAGUGUUGGCUUGCAGACGGAAACCCUGCGCAGUAUCACCAGCAGUCCUCACAAGUGUCUGACACCAAAGGGGGGGUCCACGCCUGUAUCUUCACCAUCCAGAAGCCUAAGAAGCAGGCAAGUGACCCCCGUCAUUGAAAAGGUCCAGGCUAAGUUUGAACGCACAUGCUGCUCCCCCAAAUACGGCUCUCCAAAGUUGCAAAGAAAAAUCCUUCCCAAAUCAGACCAGCCAAAUAACCGGACUUUGCCUGGCACACCUCAGAAAGGAUUCAGUGAGUCGGCUUGGGCAAGAUCGACUACUACAAGGGAGAGUCCUGUCCACACCACCAUCAAUGAUGGCCUCUCCAGUUUGUUCAACAUCAUUGACCAUAGCCCCAUCUUUCAUGAGACCUUCCAAAAAAGCCCCAGGUCUAGCAGCCGGUCCAGGUCAGCAGAACCCAGACCAGAACUGAGCCCAGUGCAGGAGCCAUGUACAAAUGCCCGUGGCAGAUCACCCAGUCCUCUCCGGCUGGGGACAGAGAUGCAAAAGGAAGAAGGGACUGAAGUGACAAGUAUCAGGCAGGACUUAUCUGCUCCUCCAGGGUAUACACUUACAGAAAAUGCUGCCAGGAUCUUGAAUAAGAAACUUUUGGAGCAUGCCUUAAAGGAAGAGAGAAGGCUACCUUCACACAGCCCACCAAAUCUUAGCAAUGGCAACAGCACAGGAGAAAUUGUCAAAGUAGAUCCAGGGUCCAUAGAGGAACUACCUUGUUCUGCACUAGCCCCGUCCCUCCAACCCUGCUUCUCCCGGCCAGAGAGACCAGCGAACCGGCGCCCACCGUCACGAUGGGCUUCACAUUCCCCUACUGCCUCACAGUCGCAGUCCACCGGAGACCUGACUCCCUCGGAGGAGAGCGGAAGCAAGGAGCUGGUGGCAGAGACCCCCAGCCAGGGAGGCGAGCCGGCCUGACGCCACAUGGGAAUACAGGGAGGGGGGCUGCGACUCACCUCCACCAGGUCGCCCGCCAGCCGUCUCUGCCGCCAAGGAGAGAGGUCCGCUUGGAGAGGUCAAAGAAUGUUCUCAGACGCAGCUGCUGAAUGUCCGACCUGGGAAACAAGAGGUGUUUCUAGAAUGAAACAGUUAAUGUGCCUGUAAUAACUUAAUUUUUUUUCAUAGCUGAGAAAACUAUUUUUGUCUCCAUCUUUUCUACAUACAGUAUAUUAACAAAAAAAGGGUAAAAAUGAUAUAAAGUAAGAUUUAAAAUAAAAUGUAAAUUAAGUUUUAAGGGAAUUUGAAUACGUGCUCGCGCUCUCUCCAAAUACUGACUGCCUUUUGGUUAUAUUUGCACUGUUAUGUUUUCGAUUUUGAUUUCUGGGUUUUUUGGGUUGUUGGGUUUUUUUUGUUUCAUGUAAAACUAGGGUCUUAAGUUAAUCUUAAUCUAUUUUAAUGUCAGUGUUACCGUUUUUUAAAAGUAAGGUUCUUAAAGAUGCUUCAACUGUCUGAAGCAAUACCUUUUAAGUAGUGAAGAAAGCCAUUAAGCUAGUUCACUAGACUUGUACGAAUUGAGAUGGAGGGGAACACAGGUAAACACAAGAAAAAGUGUAAAAAAAAAAAAGAAUGCCUCAGAAAGUCUUACGGAGUUAGCUGUAAAAUACACCUACAAUACUUGACUUGCAUGCCUCUGGGUCCUCGCACUUUAGUGCAUGUACAUACUGCUACUGUACUUCUACCAUCACAUAAAUGUGAGUCAAUCUGUUUCACUGUAAUAUUGUUGUGAAUUUACCUGUACUGUACUUUUAUUGUUGGUAUCCUUGCAUUGACUAUACAAAAAGAGUUUUUAAAUUAUUGUUAGCAGUUCAACUGGCUAUGUACAGCGUUUACUGAGAACUUCCUUCGUUUUGGGAAUACCACAAAGAUCUCUGGGCAUACUAAAUUGUAAUUGGUCUUGUUUAAGAGUCUGUUGGAGACCAUGUGAUGUGGAAAUAAAACCCUCAGUAUUUACAA